AUGCACGCCUUGAUAGAAUCAGAAAUGCAACAAUUGGAAGCAGAUCGUUCUCCUUCAAUGGAGAAACACUCUCAACUUGAUGUUUCAGAGUCGAAAACGACGAAUGGGAAGAAAGGAAGCAAAACUGACAUAGAGCAUGGAAGGGAGGAGACUAAUGAUUUAGAUGAUAAUGAUAAGAAGCCUUCGAGAGCUGAUUAUGUAGAGUUUGCAUUGUCCAAUCCAAGGGGAAAGCUCUCACACUUGACAUGUAGGCAUCAAGUGAGACAUCCUGUUAAUGUUGUUCAAUUAUUAGCAGUAAAGAGGAGGGAACUUACGCUGAAGACCUUACCCUUCUCUGUCCCAAAUGAAAAUGAUGAGGCUGAAAGAGAAACAUCCCUUGAUUGCACUGAUGAUGGCCUGGUUUUGGGAACAGAAAUAUCGCAUGAUUCCACUGAUGACCUCCCGGUUUCGGAAAGAGAAACAUCCCAUGAUUUCACUGAUGAUGGCCUGGUUUUGUGUUCUGAGGAUAACAAAAGUUCUGAGCACCAAGAUGUAGAAGUUGUCGCCUCUGUUUCAUCUUUGGAAGAAGACCUUUCUCAGGGUGCCGAGGAUUUGAGAAAGCCAGGAAGCCUUCUUGAAAAACUAAAGGCUAUACACUUACAUGUAUUAGCGUCUGAACAAUGGAACAAUUCUCAACUCCAAUUAUGUCAUGCCUGACAUUACUUGGAGAGUGCAACAAACUUAAUUCAUUAUCUGGCUCUAAAAGGCCUUGACAUUGAGCAGCUGAGGGAAGAUCUCUCUUUUACUGGUCUUUUGAAUUUGAAGACUAUCAAUUCAUACGUUCUUGCAUGUCUAAAUGCCGGAAUCCAACUAUUGGAGAACCAGAAUACUACUUCUCUAGAUAAAAAAGAGAACAUUAGUGUGGGAAGUUGCACUCAGGAAAUAUUGUACCAACGGCAGAAUGAGAAGUUCACAGUUAGAGCGAUGAGGAAGAAACUGUUGUCCAAUAAAGAGUUAUUGUUGGGCUCACUUCGGGGUAACAGAACUACUCAAGUUAUGGUGACAAUUGGGCAAGAGGCCACCGAGAGUGACACACUUAUGGGUGACGUUCUUAAGGCUGGUGCCUCCAUUAUUAGGAUAAAUUGUGCUCAUGGAAACCCUAGUGUCUGGAGUGAAAUAAUCAGAAGAGUAAAAAGAACUUCUCAAAUGUUGGAGAUGCCAUGUCGAAUUCUUAUGGAUUUAGCUGGACCGAAAAUCUGUACAGGGAGCUUGAAGCUUGGUCCAUGUGUAACUAAAAUGUCCCCCAAGAAAAAUGCUACUGGAAAUGUGAUGUUUCCAGCUCAAGUUUGGCUUUCUUACAAAGGAUCAGAUCCUCCUCCUCCUUCUCACUUGUCUCCUGAUGCAGCUCUAUUCAUAGAUGACCAAAGAUUUCUCAGUGAGCUCAAGGAAGGUGAUACUUUGAAGUUUUAUGAUGCCAGAGGGAAAAAAAAAAGGACUCUCAAGAUUACUAGACAGUUUCAUGUUUUUUCUGGUACAGGGUUUGUGGCUGAAUGUACAAGGACUGCUUAUGUUCAGUCUGGGACAGAAUUGUAUACUAAAGGAAAGAAAGGUAGGCUCUUAGCUGGAAAGGUGGUGGAUGUCCCUGCCAAAGAGAAAUUUAUCAGAUUGAGAGUUGGAGACCUGCUAGUCAUAUCACAAGAUAGUUCAUUGGAACAGGAAGAUUUGUCUGGUCCAGCUAGUGGUGCUCAUAGGAUAACUUGUUCUUCUGGCUAUCUAUUUGAUUCGGUCAAACCUGGAGAGCCUAUACCUUUUGAUGAUGGAAAGAUUUGGGGAGUAAUCCAGGGAGCAAGUAAUUCAGAGAUUGUUGUCUUUAUCACUCGUGCCGGUCUUAGAGGUACUAAACUUGGAUCAGAGAAAUCCAUAAACAUCCCGGAAAGCAAUAUUCAGUUUGAAGGUCUUACUACAAAGGAUCUCAUGGAUCUUGAAUUUGUUGCCUUGCAUGCUGACAUGGUGGGUGUUUCUUUUGUUCGAGAUAUUAGUGAUAAUGUUGUGCUCCGUCAAGAAUUGGAGAAACGGAAACUUCAGAACCUGGGUAUUAUUUUGAAGAUUGAGACGAGUGGGUUUGAGAAAUUGCCUCUUAUGCUUUUGGAAGCUAUGAAAUCAUCAAAUCCUCUGGGGGUUAUGAUUGCGAGAGGAGAUCUUGCAGUGGAGUGUGGGUGGGAAAGGUUGGCUGAUAUACAGGAAGCAAUUCUGUCUAUUUGUGGAGCUGCCCAUGUACCAGUCAUUUGGGCAACUCAGGUUCUAGAGUCACUUGUCAAGUCUGGUGUCCCUACCAGAGCUGAGAUUACCGAUGUUGUCAAUGGAAGGAGGGGAAGCUGCGUAAUGUUAAACAAAGGAAAAUAUAUUGUGGAAGCUGUUUCAACUUUGGAUACCAUCCUCCACCUAAACACUUCUCAGACGAAAGCAGAACUGAAGCCUCUUCUACUUUGGAGCCACUUUUUUCACUGA